GCUUGUUUUUGAAAAUAUUGGCGCUUGUCGUGCUUUCUGCGGCCAUCUGAGCGUUGCUAGCGAGUUUUAUAUUGUUUUACACGAACUACCUGUGUCUGCGUUGCGGUGGUGAUGGAGUGAGAGAUUGCUGUUCGUCUCAUAAAAGAAACACAUCAGUUACUGCAAAGGGACCAUAAUGGCAAGUGAUGUUUGCAGCCAUGUAAAGGUGGUUGUUCGAGUGAGACCAACCAGUGACCGUGAGAAGCGUGAAAACUGUCGAAAUGUGGUCCAGGUUGUUGAUCACCACAUGCUCAUAUUUGACCCCAAGGAAGAGAGCACAUCAUGUUUUGGGUCACAAAGAGUACGAAACCGAAACAUCAACAAGAGGGCUAACAAAGACCUCAAGUUUGUUUUUGACCAUGUCUUCGGCGAGGACUCUACUCAAGUUGAUAUCUUUGAGAAUACCACUAAAGUAGUGUUGGACGGUGUGAUGAAUGGAUUCAACAGCACAGUGUUUGCAUACGGUGCUACUGGAGCAGGCAAGACACAUACUAUGUUAGGCUCACAAAAUGACCCUGGGGUCAUGUACCGCACCAUGAAAGACCUGUUUCAACGCAUGGAUGAUGCCAAGGAGGAGAAAGAGUUUGCUGUUGCAUUCUCAUAUCUUGAGGUGUACAAUGAACAGAUCCGAGACUUGUUGGCUAAUGUGGGUCCUCUUGCAGUUAGAGAGGACAGUUCUAAAGGAGUGGUUGUUCAGGGCCUCACACUGCAUCAGCCUAAAUCUGCAGAGCACAUUCUUGAGGCUUUGGAUUCUGGCAACCGCAACCGGACCCAGCACCCCACUGACAUGAAUGCUACCUCUUCCCGGUCCCAUGCUGUAUUUCAGAUAUAUUUGAGACAGAAGGACAAAACCGCCAGCCUCAAUCCUAAUGUCUGCGUUGCCAAAAUGAGCCUGAUUGAUCUGGCAGGCUCAGAGAGAGCAAGCGCCACCAACGCCAAAGGGGCUCGUUUACGGGAAGGUGCUAACAUCAACCGCUCACUCCUUGCCCUAGGAAAUGUUAUCAAUGCUCUUGCUGACCCAAAGAGUAAGAAAACCCAUAUACCCUACAGGGACAGCAAGCUGACACGACUACUUAAAGACUCAUUGGGGGGCAACUGCAGGACGGUUAUGAUUGCCAAUGUUGGCCCCUCAUCCAGUACAUAUGAUGACACCCACAACACUCUUAAAUAUGCCAACAGGGCCAAGGAGAUCAAGUCCUCGCUUAAGAGUAAUGUUGUAAGCCUGGACAGUCACAUUGGGCAGUAUGCAGUGAUAUGUGAGAAACAACGGCUAGAGAUUCUACAGCUGAAGGAGAAACUAAAAGCAUGCGAGGAGAAGAACAUGGUGCCUGGGGCUUUUGACGUGAUCUCUUCCCAGAAACAAGCAGAGUUCAAAAGGGUGUCAGAAGCUCUGCAGCGAAUCUUCUCGAGCCGGGCCCAAAUCAGGAGAGAACAGCUGGAUCUGGAGAGACAACUGAAGGAGAAUGAGCUGCGCCAGCGCUACAGCGAGGAGGACAACCUGCAGGUCCAAUACUUCUGUGCCAAAGAAAAGACUGAGAAGGCCACUUGUAAGCACGAGCGGAAGAUUGCCAGCUUACGCGCUCAGCAGCAGCACAUUUGCAAACGUUUGAAGGAGGCAGAAACACAAUUCCUGGACAAUGAUGGCUGGCUUCAUCGGGUUGAAAAUGAGAUUAAGCUGCUGAAGUCAAAUGAUCAGACUUCAGAGGUGUUAGAAAAGGACCUGCGUUGCCACAGACUGGGGCUGCAGGUGAAUGAUCUCGAACAACACAUCAAGCAGAUGGUCAAGCUCAUAGCACUGCAGGAUCAGGAGAACAAGCGCAUGCAGAAAAUGGUGAACAUCUUGUUGCCAGCGUAUAGUCGGAAGUACUCUGCAUUGCGUGGUGCUGGGCUGGUCACAGCGGCGGAUGAGAUGGAGAACCAUGAACUAGAGCACCUUGUGUUGAGGGAGAGAGGCGUGGUCUGGGCAGACCAGGAAGGGGUAGGGCAGCAGCUGAAAGGUGAAGGGAUUGAAGAGGAAUCACGGGAGACAAAUGAGGCAGGAAGCGCUGGGCUCCGCAGCGAGUUGGCGCCUGUCUUGUCAUUCUCACAUCUGCUAUACCACCAGAGUAGCCCCUGCAGUGCGGAGGGGCGCACAAAAAGAGCAUCAUUGUGCAAUGCUGCUCCAUCACCAAACGGUAAAUCUACUUUCCUCUCUCCCCCGUCUUCAUCAGAUAUCAAAAGAUAUGAAUCUUUAUUCCGCAGACAACAGAUCCCUUCUUUACAAGACGUGAGACGAGCCCACCCGACUUACAUGGACAUGACGUCUGCUGCACAAGGAAAACGUAAAUUUAACCGCAGCAUCCGAGAAGAGUUAACACAGGAUCUCUCCGCACCGAAACGUAUAAAGAAAGAUCCCUCUGUGUCACGGAGACCACUCAGAGUGCAUCGUUUUGCUGGUUCAGAGGAGAAUAAGCCUCGAAGAGUUGUGAGGAGCAUUUCUGAAGGAAACCUCAGCCUGCUUGAACCUCAGAAAUCCAAAUCCAUUUUCUAUAAAACAUCCCAACAGUUAAAACGAGUGGCCAAACGAAUGUAAAGCAAAAAUCGGACCAUUUCGCCCUUAUGAACAUUUACACACUCCACCCCUUUUCAUCCGUAUUCAUCUUUUCAAAAUAUUUUCUCAAAACCUAAAAAAAAAAAGUGGUUCAUUGUGUAGUUUUUCCAACACAAAUGCUAAAGUAAUGAGAUGAAAUGUAAUAUAAUAACAUUAUCUAGUUUUGCUCUUUGAUUAAGCCUUACACUGCAUUGAAAUUGUACUUACACAUUGUAUAUAAACAUUGUAAAGUUAUUGGUUGUCAGUUUAGAUUCUUGUGAUUGUUUAAGAGCCAAUUUCUGGCAUUUCUAAUCCUUCCUUUAGAUUUGACGAUAUUUUAAAGCUCAUGUACACACUAACACCAAGAAAUAAAACAUAUCCUGUCCCCUAUGUUUUACGUACGUUAUGUACUUUGAACUAUCCUAUUAACCAAUGAUCAGUCUAGUCAGUGAACAGUCCCAGGGCAGCUAAUCUCAGAGGUAGACCACCUGAAAUGGAAGUACGGCACAAAAACAAUCGUGCUUUCAUUUCAUUAUUUUAAUUUUUAUUCUCAUUUCUCUUGUACAGUUAAUAACAUAGGGGUUGUAGAUAUUUCAUAAUAAAACAGCUUUUUCCAUUGGUUUUAUUGAUAAAUAAAUAAAUGUCUUUACAAAAUGAAAAAA